UGUGUGUGUGUGUUUAUGUGUGUUUGUGUGUACGAAAGGCAAACGGGAUGUUUACUGGGAAGAGACACACCGACCUGUUCGUCCUGUACUGUGAUAGGAUUUCUUCAAUUUCUCUAAUUUCUCAAAUUAAUAACUGCUGCUGUCUCAUUCACAACACUCACGAGCUACCCGGAGCCACGGAAGAGUCUGAAGAGGAGUAUUCUCAGCCUCGGGUACUUCUGUCAACAAGAAAUGGAAUACUGCUUCCUGGCCUUCGCUUAAUUCUAGUGCAGGUACAUGCCUCUGCACUGAAGCAAAGCAGAGACGGAGUUCUGCUCUAGAAUCUGUUCUGAAGGACUCAGGCGCCCAGGUCUGUUCAUAAGCACAAUGUAAAUGUAAAGAAGUCCUUGAGGAAAUAUAUCAUUACAGCUUACAUCACCCACCCACUUUUGUGGGUUAGCGCAAUGCUAGCAUGACACCGUAGGACCCCCGGCCCUUGUGUCCGGCCCGUCCGUUGCCAUUGGAACAAGAGGCAAAGAUGGCAAAGCCCUUCUACAGACUUCAGCGCUUCUUGCGGCGGACUCAGCUGCUGUUCAUGUUCCUCGGCGUGGCCUACAUCAUGGCGGGAAGCGUGCUCUUGCUGCAGAGGUCUGGACUGGUGAUAUCUCAGCGUGGAAGUAGCAGCAGUUUCCUCAUACCACCCUCGCUGCCUUCACCGCCCAGGGCUCUGGAGCCUCCUGCCAUCAGGGCCAGGUAUGGGAUGAUGGGUCCUCGGUUGAGCAUAAAAGGACAUCAAGGGAGCCAGCCGGAGGACUGGUCUGGACCACAGUGGCUGAUGUCCCGCAACCAAGAGAUCAGGCACCUGCGGCGGCGAUGGUUCCAUAGCCUUAUGUCUGAGCAGGACACGACCAGAGCUGAGAGGGUCAGUCUGAAGAGGAAAGUCAGACACAAAGGGACGUACAUCGGCUGUUUUCUGGACGAUGCUAAGGACCGGUCGCUGAAGGGCAUGGUGUUCUACGACUUCCGCAAAAUGACCAGCACCCUGUGUCAGGACACCUGCACUGAAAGUGGGUACCAGUUCGCUGGGCUGGAGUAUGGGUCCGAAUGUUACUGUGGCAACCGCAUCACCAGUGCUCGGAUGAAGGAGGAAGAGUGUAAUUUGGACUGCAAGGGAGAAAAGGGCUCUAUCUGUGGAGGCGUGGCCCGCCUGUCCGUCUACAAGGUGGAAGAGGUUCUUCCAGGCCAGAGGAGAUACAGGAACGUCCGUUAUCGUGGCUGCUUCAAGAGACCAGACAACACCACAGCAGCCGCCCUGGUCCACAUGGUCCAGCCCAACCUCACGUCUCAGAGCUGCAUCGAGGCCUGCAUGGACAAGGAGUUUCCUUUAGCCAUGCUGAGCAGACCAGACUGCUUCUGUGGCUAUUCCACUCCACACUUCUCCCUCCACGAGCCGGUGGAUGAAGAACACUGCGCCCUGGUUAACAGCAGCCUGCCAACCUCAAAACCCAGUUCAUAUUUCCUCCAGGUCUACCAGACGCCCGUGCAGGACUCGAGAUGCACAGAGAGGAAGUUCCUGCCUGAGAAGUCGAGUUGGCUGGUGGCUCUGUCUAGUUUCCCUGGAGCUGGGAACACCUGGGUGAGGCACCUGAUUGAGCUAGCGACCGGAUUUUACACAGGCAGCUACUACUUCGAUGGAACCCUUUAUAACAGAGGCUUCAAGGGCGAGAAAGAUUACUGGAAAAGUGGACGGACCAUCUGUGUGAAGACGCACGAGAGCAGCAAGAGGGACAUAGAGAUGUAUGACUCAGCCAUCUUGCUCAUCAGGAACCCCUACCGCUCCCUCAUGGCCGAGUUUAACCGCAAGUGUGCCGGCCACCUUGGCUACGCCUCUGACCAGCACUGGAAGAGCAAAGAGUGGCCGGAGUUCGUGGGCAGUUACGCGUCCUGGUGGGCGUCUCACGUGCUGGACUGGCUCCGCUUCGGCCCGAGGCUGCUGGUAGUUCAUUACGAGGAGCUGCAGGAGUCGCUGGUACCCAGGCUGCGCUCCAUCACCACCUUCCUCAACGCCACCGCCAGCGAGGAGCGCCUCCUGUGCGCCGAAAACAACAAGGAUGGACACUUCAAGCGCUCCGGCUCCCAUCGACCCUCUUUUGAUCCCUUCACCCCUGACAUGAGGAGGCUGAUUGAUGGUUAUAUCGGCGCUGUGGACCAGGCUCUUAGAGCCAGCAACCAUACAGGCCUCCCUCAGGAAUACCUCCCGAGAUGAUGAGGGUUCUGGAUAUAGACUGGACAUAGAACUACAGUACACGUAUACAUACAUACACACACUGAACCUGGCCCUCCAGGUCGAGGGGAUCAGGUAUUGCUGCCAAGAUCUCAACAAUGUCCCAUUCAAGAUUUCAGGAGUUGGACAAUGAAACUGAAACACCUGUCAUUUUAGUGUGGGAGGUUUCUUGGCUAAAUUGGAGCAGCCUGGUGGCCAAUCUUCAUUAAUUGCACAUUAUUGCACCAGUAAGAGCAGAGUGUGAAGGUUUUGCAGUUUUGCUCAAAAUAUUGCAAUGCACACAACAUUAUGGGCAACAUACCAGAGUUCAAAAGAGGACAAAUUGUUGGUGCACGUCUUGCUGCUGCAUCUGUGACCAAGACAGCAAGUCUUGUGAUGCAUCAAGAGCCACGGUAUCCAGGGUAAUGUCAGCAUACCACCAAGAAGGACCAACCACAUCCAACAGGAUUAACUGUGGACGCAAGAGGAAGCUGUCUUCAACUGUCUUCAACUCUCCUGUUUCCACCAGAACUGUCCAUCGAGACAAUACAUUAUUGUGGUCUAAAACAGGUGUUUCAUUUUCAUUGUCCAACCCCUGUAUAUUAUAUAUAAUUGCUGUCGGAACAAAACCUUAUAGUUCUUAGAUCUAUUCAUAUUAAGUAUGUGAAUCUACAAAAGUCAUUUACUGAAUAUUUGGCAACCAGAAUUAUUUGUCCAAAAAUUACAAAAAAAAGCACAGUUUAAAAUAAAAGACCUAAUGAUUUAUUCAGAAUAAUGACUUAUUAAUAACUUAUUAAUAAGUCAUAUUGUGCUUUUUUUUCCAGAAUUAUACUGGGUAUAGUUUUAUACUGGUUUGGCUUUCUUGAGUCUACUAGUACUUGUGUGUUUAGUUACAGUUGGGUUAAGCUAAGGUAGUUUGAUAUCUGAGGGAGCUUUUAGCCUAGCACAGAUCUCCGUUUUGCCCUCCAUGCAUUUUGCUUUUUCAUGUACCAGGUAAAUAUAUAUUUUGAGGCCGUAAACAUACAGCUCUGGAAAAAAUAAGAGACUACUAAAAAAUGAUAAGUUUCUUUGAUUUUACUAAAUUGAAAACCUCUGGAAUAUAAUCAAGAGGAAGAUGGAUGAUAAAAAUCCAUCAAACCAAACUGAACUGCUUGCAUUUUUGCACCAGGAGUAAAGGCAUAAAGUUAUCCAAAAGCAGUGUGUAAGACUGGUGGAGGGAAACAUGCCAAGAUGCAUGAAAACUGUGAUUAAAACUAGAACUCUUAAAACUUUAUGAAUAUUAACUUGGUUUCUUUGCAUUAUUUGAGGUUUAAAAGCUCUGCAUUGUUUUGUUAUUUUAGCCAUUUCACAUUUUCUGCAAAUAUGCAGAAUGCUCUUAAUGACAAUAUUAUAAUUUGGAAUUUGGGAGAAAUGUUGUUUGUAGAUUAUAGAAUAAAACAAAAAUGUUUAGUUCACUCAAUUAAUAACCUAUAAAUAGCAAAAUCAAAGAAACUGCUUCAGAAACUGAAGUGGUCUCUUCAUUUUUUUCCAGCACUGUAUAUAUGAUGAGACAAGACGCAAGAAUUUUGGCACAAUCUUGGAAUUUUGGGUGUUUUUACACCCAUGCACACAUGUGCACCUAUUAUAAAACUAUGCCCAGAAAACACAGUUUGCCAUUCUAGAGCUCAUUAAUAGUCAGUGUAAGAUUUUUUUUUUUAUAUAUACAACACAUUUUGGACCAUUUUACUGGUCUAUAUGUCAAAAAUAUAACAGACAAAUAGGGCAGAACAUGGAAGGUUUUGUUCUGACAGCAAUAAAAUAUACAGUACUAACAUACAGUAAGUCCCCAGCUUUGUAUUAAGGGCUUUGUUGGGUCCUAAAUGUGGUUAGUGAAGGGAUUUGAAAAUUCCACACUUUAUGAACUAUUUUCCAGUGGAGACUUGCCAUUGAAACAGAACGUGAUCGUGUUUAAAUGCUGCAGAGAAGAUUUAUAAAGGAUUACAUCUUGUGAGAUUAUGAUUAUGAUUAAAGGUGCAGGGAAAAUGUCUGGGAUUGACUCAUG